AUGUCAGGUGGGACCGUGAUGGAGCAUAUGGCUGCAGGUGACGUGAGCAAGCUCUUCGGUCAAAUCGACGACUCUGAAGAUGACAUCAAACGGAAAGAGGACUCCAUCAUGGAGCUAGGCAGCCAAUUGGCGGCGAACAAGCAGACACACGAGCUUCGGACGAUGAUCGAGAAUACGCAUCCGUUCCUUCUAACGCUCGGCAAGGCGAAGGCAGCCAAGCUCGUGCGUGACCUUCUCGAUUUGUGCCUGAUGAUCGAAGGGCAGGAUGGCGACAUUAAGGUCGAGCUCUGCAAGGAGUGCAUCCUCUGGGCCGAGCAGCAAAAUCGCAUCUUCCUGCGCCAGACGCUGCAAGCCAGACUGAUUCGCCUGUACAACGACCUGCACCGUUACAAUUUGGCUUUGUUGCUCGCAAACGAGCUGGUGCGCGAGCUGAAGAAGGUCGACGACAAGGACUUGUUGAUUGAAGUCGAACUGGAGGAAAGCAAGGCGUUCUACCACCUCGGAAAUCUUGGCCGAGCCCGAACUUCGUUGACCGGGGCGAGAACUACGGCUAAUGCCGUCUACGUGCGGCCUCAGAUGCAGGCGGCUCUCGACGUACAGGCUGGUAUCGUGCACGCGGCUGAGAAGCGUGACUUCAAGACGGCAUACUCUUAUUUCUACGAAGCCUUCGAAGCAUACGAUUCGACCAAACAGGAAAAGCUGGCUCUCCAGGCGCUGAAGUAUAUGCUACUAUGCAAGGUGAUGCUUGACCUUCCGGAAGAGGCGAUCUCGCUUAUCCAAGGGAAAGUGGCCCGAAACUACACGAAUUCCGAAGCUGUACAAGCGAUGAAGGCGAUUGCUGUAGCCUCGAAGGAGAGAUCUCUCAAGGACUUCAACGCUACUUUUGGUCGAUACGGAGUCGAGCUUCAAAUGGACCCGGUGAUCAAGAAGCAUUUCUACGAGCUAUCGGAGCGGAUGCUGCAAAAGGAGCUGUCCCGCCUCGUCGAGCCCUACACCUGCGUUCAAAUCAGCUACAUUGCCAGGGCCAUCGAUUUGGAUCGUUCCAUUGUGGAGCGAAAGCUGGCCCAAAUGAUCCUCGACCACAAAUUCCACGGUUCGCUGCACCAGCUUGAGGGCGUCGUCAUCGCGCACGAGGCUGAGAAGCAGGAUGUUACGUAUAAAACCUCUGUCGAGGCGAUCCACGCCUUUGGUGAUGUUCUGGAUGCGCUCUACGCCCGUGCCAACACUCUCAAC